AGCAGGUCGGACUGCUAUGGAAUAUGACGAGAAGCUGGCCCGUUUCCGACAGGGCCACCUCAACCCGUUCAACAAGGCCCCGCUGCAAAGCCAGCAUGAGCAGAAGAUGGGAGGAGCGGCCGAGGAGUUCCCACGAAAAGACUUGAACUUGGAGUUGUCCUCAGAGGAAGCUGAGUUCCAGUGCUCAGAGCGAACGAUGGACUUGGGGCUGGCCGAAGAUCACUUCUCACGCCCAGUGGGGCUCUUCCUAGCCUCGGACAUUGAGCAGCUGCGUCAGGCGAUUGAGGAGUGCAAGCGGCGGAUCCUGGAGCUGCCGGAUAACUCAGAGAAGCAAAAGGAUGCUGUGGUGCGGCUUAUUCACCUGCGCCUGAAACUCCAGGAGCUGAAGGACCCCAGUGAGGACGAGCCCAAUAUCCGUGUGAUCCUGGAGCAUCGCUUCCACAAGGAGAAGAGCAAGAGUGUGAAGCAGACCUGUGACAAAUGCAGCACCAUAAUCUGGGGGCUCCUCCAGACCUGGUACACCUGCACAGGGUGUUCCUAUCGCUGCCACAGCAAGUGCCUGGACCUGAUCACCAAGCCCUGUGUGCGCUCCAAGGUCAGUCACCAGGCGGAGUACGAGCUCAGCAUCUGCCCGGAGACGGGGCUGGACAGCCAGGAUUACCGCUGUGCCGAAUGCCGAGCUCCCAUCUCUCUCCGGGGAGUCCCCAGCGAGGCCCGGCAGUGUGACUACACAGGUCUCUAUUACUGCAGCAACUGCCACUGGAACGACCAGGCUCUCAUCCCGGCCAGGGUGAUCCACAACUGGGACUUUGAGGCCCGCAAGGUGUCUCGGUGCAGCAUGCGCUACCUGGCGCUGAUGGUGUCCCGGCCGGUACUCAAACUGCGCGAGAUCAACCCGCUUCUCUUCAACUAUGUUGAGGAGCUUUUGGAGAUCCGGAAACUGCGCCAGGACAUCCUGCUCAUGAAGCCCUAUCUCAUCACCUGCAAGGAGGCCCUGGAGGCCCGCCUGCUGCUCCAGCUUCAGGAUCGGCAGCACUUUGUGGAGAACGACGAGAUGUACUCUCUGCAAGACCUGAUGGAUGUCAACGCAGGGCUCCUCAGCUGCUCCCUGACGGAGAUCCACACGCUCUUUGCCAAGCACAUCAAGUUGGACUGCGAGCGGUGCCAAGCAAAGGGCUUCGUGUGCGAGCUCUGCAAGGAAGGGGACGUGCUCUUCCCUUUUGACAGCCACACCUCGAUGUGCAUGGAGUGCUCUGCCGUCUUCCACAGGGAUUGCUACUACGACAAUUCCACCUCCUGCCCCAAAUGUGCCCGGCUUAAUCUGAGAAAGCAGUCGCUGCUCAGGGAUCCCAGCAUGGAGCUGCAGGCAUAGAGAGACACCUUCUGCCUUCCCUUGGCUGGAGAGAGGCAACACCG